AUGCUCCCGCCCCUUUUCCAUAUCCUCCGUCCCCUUCCCAUAUCCUCCGUCCCCUUCCCAUAUCCUCCGUCCCCUUCCCAUAUGCUCCGUCCCCUUCCCAUAUGCUCCGUCCCCUUCCCCAAUCCUCCGUCCCCUUCCCAUAUGCUCCGUCCCCUUCCCAUAUGCUCUGUCCCCUUCCCAUAUGCUCUGUCCCCUUCCCAUAUGCUCCGUCCCCUUCCCAUAUGCUCCGUCCCCUUCCCAUAUGCUCCGUCCCCUUCCCCAAUCCUCCGUCCCCUUCCCAAAUCCUCCGUCCCCUUCCCAUAUGCUCCGUCCCCUUCCCAUAUGCUCCAUCCCCUUCCCAUAUGCUCCGUUCCCUUCCCAUAUGCUCCGUCCCCUUCCCAUAUUCUCCGUCCCCUUCCCAUAUGCUCCUUCCAGGAGGUGGUAACAGUGCCAUCCUCGUCCUUCCCAAUAGCAGCAGUGGUGGUGCCGGUCGUGGUGGUGGUGCUAGUGCUGCUGCUCACUGUCUUCCUCUGGCGGCGCUGGCGCUCUGAAAGGCUCGCACGCAUGCUGCGCAAGGAGAUUGGCAGUGAGUGGGGAGGGGAGGAGGGGGGCGGAGGGGGUUGCUCACGCGUAUUCUCCCUGGCGGAGCUGCGGCGGGCCACCAAGGAGUGGCAGGCGGAGAUCGGGCGGGGCGGGUAUGGCAGCGUGUACAAGGCGGUGCUCAAGGACAAGACGGUGGUGGCCGUGAAGCGGCUGGACGUGGUGUCGGACCAGGGCGACAGGGAGUUCAUUCGCGAGGUGGAGCUGCUCUCACGCGUGCACCACCGGCACCUGGUGAAUCUCCUGGGCUUCUGUGCGGAGAAGGAGGAGCGUGCGCUCGUGUACGAGUACAUGGGGCUGGGGUCGCUGUUCGACCACUUGCACGGCCCGCACGCCAAGGAAACUCCCCUGUCAUGGGACUCACGCAUCAAGAUCGCCAUCCACGUGGCGCUCGGCAUUGACUAUCUGCACUACGGUGCCGACCCGCCUCUCAUCCACCGCGACAUCAAGUCAGGCAACAUCCUGCUCUCAGAGGACGGUCUAGCCAAGGUAGCAGACCUUGGUCUGUGCAAGGAGGUGCCGGUGGACGUGACGCCAGAGGGCCAGCCUCCUCUCACCACCCCCCCCCCCCCUCUCUCCCUCCCCCCCCCCAGCGAUAUCAAAUCAGGCAACAUUCUCCUGUCCGAAGAUGGCUUAGCAAAGGUAGCAGACUUCGGGCUGUGCAAGGAGGUGCCGGUGGAUGUGACGCCGGAAGGCCAGCCGCAGCUGCUGCCGCCCACCACGGCGGUGCGGGGGUCGUUUGGGUACCUGGAUCCCGAGUAUGUGAGCACGUCGCUGCUCACCGACAAGAGCGACGUGUACAGCUAUGGCGUCGUGCUGCUGGAAUUACUCAGUGGCAAGUAUGCCAUUCACGAGAAGCAGCCUCUCGCAUACUGGGUGAGUGGGAACACAUGA